CAAAUGAAGCAGGCGAUGUCAAAUAAGUGAGCGCCGUCAGCCAGAAGUUCUUUUAAUUAGUUCUAAUUGAAAUAAAAUGUAAAGAGUGAUUUGUGAAAAUUAAAAUUGAAUACAAAUAUCAGAAAUAUUGCGAAAAACUGUAGUAUAAGGUGAAGGAGCUAUAGAGUAAAAGCAUGAUGUGACGGUCUAGCAUUAUAUGAAGUCAGUUGCAGCGUGAAAAAUUCAUACGUCAAAGUGGGGUUUUGUCACCCAAAUGGUAAAUAGCAAAUACAAAUUGGAUUACUUUCUUGACUUUGUGUAUUCUCACUGAAUAUGGAGCACAACGUCUGCUAUUUUUUAUAAAAAAGUUUAUCAAAAGACUUUGGAGUCGGUAAAUGCUAUGUAAUUUUUGUGUGUCGCGGGGAGGCGCCCAUUUUUGGCAUAGUCUCAUAAGUUGCUAAUUUGUCUGUUUCCAUUGCAGUUUCGUGCCGAAAAAAUAGUAAUUAUAUUGAAAAAAGUACGCUAAUCAACAAAACACCCUCUAUAUAUGGAGUAAAGAAAAAAAAUUGCCCGCAAAAAGUUUGAAAAGUUUCCAAAGAACAAUAGUCGCAGGCAACUAAGGAACUACGUGUAUAAACUUAUAUAAAUAUAUAUUUAAAGGCAUGCAAGCAUAAACAUUAUACAAUAUUUGGUGAAUAUUUGGUGUUGGUUAAAGUUAAAGACUGGACUGAAGUGUAUAAUAAAUAAAAAUCGCAAGAAAUAUUUAAAAUAAUUAACUAACAAAUUAACUGCAGUGACGGCGCUUGACAAGGUUUAACCCAAUGCAUAAUUAUAGUAAACCCUAAAUGCCAUAAUGCUUGAGUUGUAAUUAUAAAGGCUUUAAACAAUCCUUAAAUGACAUACAUAUGUACAUAUAAAGGAGUGAAGAGAAGAUAGAGUAUAGCUUAUGCUUACGGUGACGGUGCUUUAAAGAGCUAAAAAAGUUAUUUUACAAAAAAAUUUAAAUUAAUGAAAAAUUUAAUUUAAAAAAAAAUUAACUAAAAGAAAUUUAAAUUAAUAAAAAAAUUUUAAUUAAAAUAAAAAAAAAAUUACAAAAAUUAAAAAAAAAUUACAAAAAUUAAAAAAAAAAUUACAAAAAUUAUCAAAAAAGAAUUUUAAUUUAAAAAAAUUUAAAUGCUCUCAAAAAUCAAUUUUUGAACGAAAAAUUUGUUAAAAUUCUAAAUUCUCUCAAAAAUCAAUCAAAAAAAUGGUGCGCAGACGCCGCUUGCUCUCCAAGGAAGAUGGUGCCAGCGUACACACCGACAGCGGCGUUUCGCUUUCAUCGCCACCCGAUGCGCGCACAGUGCACGACGGCGCUGACGAGGAGGACACCCAGGUGGCGCCGAUGAAAAAACAAGCACGCCGACGCAUUACUACCGCAAAAGUAACGAAGCGAGGGCGCAGAAAAAGCAAAGAUGUGUUGAACGCAGCCACGCCAGUGGCAAAGAAACAGAAAACUAGUGAAGCUGCAGAUUUCAAAACUUGCGAAAGUAACUCAGAUAAAGGAGCGCCGGCAAUAAAACACUUACAGGACGCGGUAGAGCAAACGGUGCAUGCUAAGAAGGCAGACACAAUUGUAGCGCUUGAAAUCGGCGAUGCAGCGGAGACUGCAAGUACAACCGCAGAAAAAACUACCGCCAAGGAAUUAGCAACAGCAGCCGAUUUAACCGCAGCCGACUUAGCCGCAGCGUCUGUCAACGCAGCCUUUAUUGUCAUACCUGCAGCUGAUGCCACCAACGACACGAUUAAUGCCGAGGACACAACAGAAAAAUCCGUAAUUAUCCUAACGACAGUUUCAGAAAACUCGAUUUCAGUGACGGAUUCAGCAUUCUCUGAGACAGACGUUACACAGUCAGCCGGCGAUUUGUCGGAACUAACGCAUACAACAAAUGACUGCAAUGAUACGGUGAAUUCGCUUGGCGAUUCCGCCUCGACUGCUGAGGCGACGCUGACGCCGGCAGCGAAUAAGCGUUCGGGCAAAGUGUUCAUGCGUAAGGUGCACGUUUGCCACAUUUGUUCGAAGCAAUUUCGUGGCAAUAACGAUCUGCGUCGUCACAUGCUCAUACAUUCGGAUGAGCGCCCAUAUAAGUGUGAGCAAUGCGGCAACUGCUAUCGGCAGGCGGUCAAUCUCAGGAAUCACAUUAAUUGCGCCCACACAAAUCAGCGACAGUUCGCUUGCGCGCAAUGCCCGAAAAUGUUUGCGGUGAAGGAGCGUUUGCGGCUGCACAUGCGUCUGCAUUCGGGCGAAAAGCCGUACGCUUGCCCGGUGUGUGAGAAACGUUUUGCGCGCGGUGGUCAUUUAAAGCAGCACGUGAUUAGCCAUCACAAGGACAGCACCAAGCAGUAUAUAUGUGAGAAAUGCUCCACCGCCUUCUCCACACCCUCUAAUUUGCGCGCACACAUGGAUCGUCAUGAAAAUGGUCCCGAGCACUAUUGUGAGAUCUGCAAGGAGCACUUUCCAAAUGAACCAGUGCUCAAGGCACACAUCAACAAGCUACACUACAAGCUGGGCCAGUUUGAUUGUGAGAUCUGCAAGGAGACCAUCGAGGAUGAUGCACUGGCCAAGCAUAUGAAGACCCACACGAAUGUGAAGACACAUGUUUGCGAGGUGUGCAAGUCGUAUUUCAUGCAGAAGUCACAGUACAAUGUGCACAUGCGUAUGCAUACUGGUGAGCGCCCGUAUCAGUGUAGGAUUUGCUGGCAAACUUACGCCUACUCCAGUGUUCUUAAGCUACACAUACGUAAGCACACAGGCGAGAAGCCAUUCCAAUGCUUGAUUUGUACGGACGUGGUUGCUUUCUCGCAAUUAGCUCACCUCAAGACACAUAUGAAGAAGAUCCACAAACAAACCAAUCCCUACAUGUGCGAAGGCUGUCACCAGUUCUUCAAAAUCAAAGCGGAACUGCAAUCACAUAUGCAACAAUGUGACAGUUGCAAUGUCGACGUGGAGGAGGAGAAUGCCAAAAAUAAUGACUCGCAAACGCUGUCACACCUACGCUUCCUUAUGGCAUUGCUGCUGAAAAAAAUCUCAUCACAGCAAAAGUUACAGAAAUUGGGCUACGAAAAGCGGCUGAUCGACAACGUUGUCGUCGCAUCACUAAAGCUAGCCAAUCGCAAAGCGUGCGAAGAUCAGUCACUGUCGGCUAUCGAACGUAUGCGCAGAAAUGUUGAAGAAUUCCUCAAUUGGAUUGUGCCGGCAAAGGCGAUGGAGACAUUUCGUCAAGAACAACAGUCCGUGGAGAAUAUAUUGGACAAAAUAGUCACUAUGUAUAUGAAGCACAAGUGAUGGUGCAGCGUAGAACGUAUGAAAUGGCUGCUUUUUUUUUAUUAUUUAUCGCUUUAGAAUGUGCCAUAACAUUUAGCAUUAUCUAGAAGUGCUGCAGUGCACACUUAAGCAAUGAAUUGACUGUAGUUUAAGUUUCCCAUAUGAAUUUGUAGUUUUUAGCAAUGUUUCCUAUACUUUCUUUGCACUUUUAUUUACCAUUCACACCAAAAAAGCAAUCCAAAGAUAUUUUUGCCAAAAGCUUGCUUAAAUAAGCAAUAAUUUAAGUUCAGUAUUUUAAGUUAGCUUAUCACCAAAGCAUUUAUUAUCACUUUUAACUGUGUAUGAACUUUUUUCUUUGUUUAUAUUUUUUUUUUUGACGUCUAUCAAAUAUCGUCUAGCUCCUGUGCUUGUUUUCCCACAGAAAAUCAGCUAGUCAUCCGCAUAGUUGUCAAAAUAUUUCAUUUUCCUUUAUGCUAACAACUCUUGCCAUAUGUAGUUUUAGUCUUCUGCAUUAUAAAUUUGUAAUCAAAUUAUAUUUUGCAUAAACCAUGAAUUAAUAAAAGAUGAAGCCAAAGUUCACAUUAA